AUGACGACCCAAAUAAACGCUGUACGACCUCCCUUGUCGCGUGGAAAUUCUCUCAGUACCCCAGCUCUCAGUCCAUCAGCCUCUACCGAUGUCUCUCCCAUUCUCUCUCAAAUCGUCUCCCCGCCUCUCAACCCUAAUGAAUCACUUGAUAUAGAUCUGCCUAUCACUGCAGAUGUAGCUCUACCAGAAUGUUGGGGACACAGAGGGGCCUCGGCAACUUAUCCCGAGAAUACCAAAGCGUCGUUCAUAGAAGCCAUCAAGGCCGGGGCUGAUGGUUUGGAAACGGCGGUAGACAUUCACGCUGCGCUUGACGACGUUCUGGUUCUCUUUCAUGAUCCCAAUCUGGAACGUACCACCAAUGGGAAAGGCAAAAUCAAUAAUUUGCCAUGGGAUGGUGUCCUGGAGCAAGUUCGCACAACGAAAGCACCUCAUCAACCUAUCCCACUAUUCCGUGAAGUGUUGGAAAUCUUGGUCAACCCGGAGAAUCGACAUGUCAAGUUGAACAUCGACUGUAAAGUCGACACCGAACCAGUCCGUCUGUUCACACUUAUGAAAGCUGUCAUCGAGUCAUUUCCCGGUUGGACUACCCUCAUCGCUCCUCGCCUUAUCCUUGGUAUAUGGCAUCCUCGAUUCAUAGAACCUGCAGCUACUAUCCUUCCAUUCCUUCCUCGAUACGCAAUCAGCAUGUCCAUACACGAAGCCCGUUCAUACUUCUUACCUCACUGUCAAGGUCUUUCACUUCAUUUCCCAGCUCUUGCCUCUGCAGAUGGUCAAAGACUGUUGGAACAAUGUCGUGAUAGUGGCAAGGCGGUAUGCGUGUGGACGGUGAAUGAUGAGGAAGAGAUGAAAGAGUGUGUGAGAUGGGGUGUACAAAGUGUCAUCACGGAUAAACCUGAUUUGUGGCGUAAACUUCGGGCAGAGAUCCUCGCAGAUAGAGAAAAGGCUUUGGCUUUCUCAUGGAAAUCUGUUAUUCGUCCAUGGACCAAACGUCGUUAUUGGGCUUUUGACCAUUUGAACGAAGCUCGAAAAGAGACGGAAUAUCUCGAAAGUCAUGCUGGUAAAAUGUCAGAUGUCGUCGUUCCUGAUAUCUCUCUAAGAGUUGCCAGACCAGCGGAUGUUUUGUAA